GCCCCAGCUGCCUUUGUUUCGGGAGCGCGUCACCUGACGCGUUCGCCGCUCGUGCCUUUUCGGGAGAGGCCCUGGUGACGUCAUUUCCAUGACUGAAGAGCCAUGACGUCACCUGAUUAGACUUCUCCCCCCCCCCCAUGCCCCGCCCCGCGCUGACAGCCCCGGUACUACGCCGGGCGCCGGCUGUUUAUCUGCUGCGAGCUUUGCGGCCCAGGGUCCGGACGAGGGAGUGGCUAACCCGGCCCCCUGGGGUUUUUGCCAGCCCCAACCAUGCCUCCACCAAGGGGUGAUGUAACCGCCUUAUUCCUGGGUCCUCCGGGUUCGGGAAAGUCAGAGAUCAUCGCUGCGCUCCGGGAGGCUCCAGAGGCCUGGCAUGAAGACGCUCGCGUCCCUGCCCUCUACCCCGCGGGACCUGGUCUCUUCCUGGGCGAGCUGAGCUGCCCUCCGGCAGUGCCCGAACCCUGGGCAGCCGAGGCUGAUGUGCUUGUGCUGGUCUGGGGACCCCGGAGCGGGAACGGGGUUGAGGAAGAGGAUGGGUCUCUGCCCGAGGGGCUGGGGGCAGCUGGGCGGGCGGCCCUGGCCCGGGGGGCACCCCUGCUAGCAGUGUGGAGCCGAAGUCCCAGAAAUGGGAACACCGGGAGCCCGGAGCAGCCUGAAGACUUGGAGCAGGACAGGAUGAAGGCGGCGGCCCAGCUGGCUGCUGCAGGGCUGGGGGCAGCACCACUUUAUAUACUUAGUCGGCCUGGGCCUCAAGGAACUGACCUGACCAGACUUCGGGAGGCGCUACAGGACCGGGGGGCGGCACUGGAGAGGCUGCUGCCUCCUGCCCAGGAAGGUUUCGAGGUCGUGGGAGGAGCCGAGCUAGAAGCGGUGCGCGAGGCUUUUGAGGCAGGUGGCCUGGAGGCUGCGAUGACCUGGCUGCGCUCGGGCCUCGAGCGUCUGGGCAGCGCCCGGGUGGACUUGGGUGUGGCUGGUCCAGAAGCCCCCACAGUUAUAGGCUCCCUCCUUGGGCAGCACCCUGAACCCACUCCGUCCUCCCCCGGGCCAGCCCCCUAUCCUGCCCCAGAGAGGCCCAAUGUGGUCCUUUGGGCGCUGCUUGACUACCCCGACCCCGCCCCCAGCCCUGACCCCAGGCCCGCUCACUACGAUGCCCUGGUCCUGGUGGUUCCCGGACCCCCGACGCCUGCUGACGUAGCUCGUGGGAGGGCGUUGGCGGGCCUUGUCACGCCCAUCUUCUUCGUGAGGACUGACGGCGAAGGCGAAGAUCCUGAACCAGAAGAGGAUGAAGAGAAAUCUGGUGGCGGGGAUGGGGAGGACAAAGAAAAAGGUAGAGAGGACGGGAAGAAAUGUGAUGGUGGGAAGAAUUCGGGCAGCGAGAGUACAUCGCCAGAUGGAGACCGGAAAUCAGGCGGUGGAUUUGGGGAGCACGAGAUAAAAUCGGGUGGCGGGGAUGGGGAGGAAGAGGGCUGGGAGGUUCUGGGCACUGAGGAGGCAGAAGACGCACCGCUGCCUGUCUUCCCCCUGCGUCCCGGGGGCCUACCGGGCCUGGCGGCUGCGCUGCAACGAGCCCUGACCCCAGCCCAGGGGACAGCUCUGCUGCUGGCCCUGCCUCCCGCGUCUGCGCGGGCAGCGCGCGCCAAGGCAGACGCGCUGCGGGCUGGAGCGUGGCGCGCAGCGCUGCUGGCCAGUGUGGCAGCAGCUGCGUCCCCGGCCCCAGGGCUGGGACACGCGUGCGACGUGGCGCUGCUGCGGGGUCAACUGGCGGGCUACCGGCGGGCGCUGGGGCUCGAGGCGGCCGCGGUGGCCCGCCGAGAGCUCGCCCUGGGGCUGGAGCCUGGGACUCUGGUGGGGCGCGAGCGCUCUCGACUGGCACUGAAUGGAGCGGCACGUGGAGAAGUGGAGGCGCGCCUGAGGGUCUGGGCUGGCGAAGGAACAGCGGGCGGCGCAGCCCUGGGUGCUCUCUCCUUCCUGUGGCCGGCGGGUGGCGCGGCGGCCACCGGGGGCCUUGGGUACCGCGCGGCCCACGGCGUACUCCUGGCCGCUCUGGACGAGCUGCAGGCCGAUGCUGAGGCCGUGCUGGGCCCGGGCCCAGACCCUGAAUAAGGAUCGCACAGCCUUGCUGUGCCCUUGUCUCUGCCCGCUAGAAAUCUGGAGGUGGAUGGGGGAGGAGGACACCUGGAUGUUCCGGGAUCUCGGAUCCCUGGUGCUGACCGGGGGCUGGCUGGGCGAUCUGGAUGCCUGGGUCUUUGAGUGGGUGGGUGGAGAUCACAAUGCAGCCUUCAUACAGGAUCGGGAUGCAGGAUGGGACUGGGGGAAAUGAUGCUACCUGGGUCUUGGGAUGGGAAGGCUCUGCUGGUGCAGAGAUAGAGGGGCAAUGAUGAGACUGAAAUAGAAGAGAGAGGGGAAGAAUCCAGCCUGCUUGGGGUGCUCUCAUCUUGGGACUGCCUCUCCCUCAUUUGUUUUUCUUGGUCUGCAGUGUGAUAUAAUGGGAAUACAGGGGCUGGAGAUAGCUGUAGACCAGUAGUUGCCUUUAUUUAUGCAUUUAUCCAGUUUCAUCCCUGCCCAGCAACCUCCCAGUUGCUAGUUGAGUGGGGGGAUCCUAUCAGCGUGGCUCUGUAGAGAUUGUGUCUCCACCAGAAAGGGGAAGAAAUGGGCACCGUCCCUAGAUGUUGGCCACCUCGGCAAGCCUUCCCACCCUCUCCUGAAGCUCUGCCUCUGCCAGGCUUCCACAAAUACUCUGGCCAGGAGGGAUCACCAACUUUGGGCUUUCCACAUCUUUCCCUGGGAGAGCACCAUUGGCGGGGAACUCAUUACUUACCCGUGACAAUCCGUUGUACUCUUAGAUAGCAGGGGUGUUGAUCAUGAACUUGUUGCGUUUUUAAUAAAUAUUUUGAUAACAUUUCAAA